AUGACGAGGAGGACAACGAGCCGCGCCCUCGACGCCGACAGGACAAGCGCCGGCUCCUCGACGGCGCCGACUAGAGCACCCGGCGUGCCGAAGCGUCGGGCCGACGUCGGGAUGUUCGGCAACCGGCCGUCCAAGAAGGCCAAGGCCUCAGUCGCCACGACCAAGCGGCAAGAGGCCGCGAAGGCGGCCAUCAUCUGGAAGGGCCCGAAGCAGCGCCCGAUGGUGUUCGCGGCCCUGCUUUCUCUCUCGUGGGCCCCGUCCGCCUCGGUGUUUGGGGUGGCAGGCAGCCCCAAAGUCUUACGCCACGUGGACCCGGUCGCCGCCCUUCGGGAGGCGACGGAGAAAAACACGCUGGAGGCACAGCAGGAGCGGGACACCGAGGCCCGAGCAGAUGCGGAAGUGGCCGAGGCGGCACGAGCGAAAGCCGAUGCGGCGGCCAAGGCACAAGCCGACGCGGCGGCCAAGGAGCAGGCAGACGUGGCCGCCAAGGCGCAGGAGGAGGAGGCAUCCCGUGGCAGGGCUCCGGAGGCCACCGGCCCACAGCAUGCGGAGCCGCCGCGCCCGGUGAAGGCGGUCUCGGUGCCAAGUCCGAUAGAGGUUGGGGCCGUGAGCUCGUCCCCGCCCGGCACUGAGGCCACCAACGCCGCUUCUCCGGAAUGGACGUCCGGGGCUGGCUCGGGUGUCCUCAACGUGGCAGUGCAGAACAUCCUGGCCCAGUUCAACACCCAUGGUGCCACCCUCCUGCAGUACAAGAAGGAGCUUUUGGCAAGGCAGGCGGCCGUCCGGGACUACCACAACCUUCACGCGGCCGCCUACAACUCCCAGCACCAGGAGCUGGCCAAGCGGAUCGCUGAUCUUUCCACGGGGGCGCAGGCCGCUGCUGGUCUGCAGAAGCGCCUAGGUGAGGUUGAGUCCGAACUUCACACCAAGGGGCAGGAGUGCAGUCAAGCCGCCCAGGAGCGCGACCGACUAGCGAAGGAGUUGGCGGACCAGGCGGAGGUACAGAAGCUAAAGGACAGCGAAGCCCUCCUCAAGGCCGAGUACGAGGCUCAGCGCUCGAACUGGGCCGAGAGGGGGAAGUUCCUGUCGAACUGCUACGGCGAGAUCGAGGACAUGAUCGAUGAAUUUCUUCCCGAUCAGUCUGUCACCGUCAGCCAGGCCACCGAGGCGCGGUGCGAUCAGGAGGAGGGCGGGCGCAGGAGGCCGGACCAGAGCUGGAGGCGGUGCGCGGCGGCGAUCACCGAGUUCACCGACACCGCCGUCUUCGUCCCGGAGUUGGACGACGACGGCGCUGAGGUGCUGCCCAACUGGGUUGGGCUGAACCCGGAGGAGGGGGAGGACUCGACAAAGGAGAUCGCCUCCAGCGACGAGGGCGAGGAGGAUGAGGACGAGGACGAGGAAGGCGAAGACACGCACCGAAUGAUGGAGCGAGCAGCCGGCCUCAGCCGGAUCAAGCCUCGACCAGCGAGCCGCUGCAGGCCGUGCCGACCGCCGCCGAAUGACAAGUUAAAUUUGCGCAGUUCCACCCGCUAG